AUGGAGGCCGCGCUGGAGUCUCCUGUGACUUUUCCGGAGUCGCCAAUGGAUCCGGAUGAUGCUCCAUUUCCCUGUAAAGGAUGCGGACAGAUCCUGGAAGAAGGCAAAGCCUUUGAACUUGCCGGCAACAGAUGGCAUAUUGAUUGUUUCCGCUGCAACACAUGUGGCACUGCCUUGGAUUCCGAUGCGAACCUCCUCCUCUUAGGCGACGGCUCGUUGAUCUGCAACAAUUGCACGUACAGCUGCAGCAGCUGCGGGAGCAAGAUUGAGGACCUUGCGAUUCUGACUGGAGAUCAGGCUUUUUGUGCCAAUUGUUUCAAAUGUCGCAAUUGCAAGAGAAAGAUAGAAAACCUCCGAUAUGCGCGGACGUCUCAAGGGAUUUUCUGUAUGGACUGUCACGAAGCAUUGAUGGCAAGGAGGCGCAAGAGAACCGCCAAAAAUUCUGCGCAGCGCUCCAAGCUCUCCGCAAACCAAAGCGUCCAGCUGGAUAAAUCCUUGCCCGCCAUCCCUCCGCCAGAGGCCAGGAAAACGGCCUAUGUUCCGGAAGAGCAGUCGCCAUACCCAGAGGGUUCCGCUGAUGUGCCAGCUGAUGUGCCUUCUGUCGCAAAGACCAUGAGUGAGUUCCAGAGGGAUAGUGACUCCAGGCCAUCAUCUUCGGAUCAGAAUCCUCCACGUGGUAGUUUCUUUUCAGAUAUGCUGACGCUACCGUCAACGACUUUCCGGAACAAUAGGCAUUCGAUGAUGUCUCAGCGUUCCGAUCUAUCUGGGGGUGGUGAGGAAUUCCUGAUACCAGUUGCUUUUGACCCUACACCUCAACCAUCCACUCAGUCCCCCAGUGUCUCAAGCCAAGCGACCCCGCGACAGAUCGAAGAAAAGCCCAAAGAUUACUUUUCGAGUAGGCCGACGCCACCCAUGGCGCAGUUGCCCCCGUCCAAGUCGAACACGUCGAGUCCUCACAUCGCCUACCAGGAAAAGGGGCGCCAACCGUCUCGAGAUCUGGUGGAGCGGAGUCGAUCUGGUGGCAACGUCAGCAGAACUGGCUCUGCUAACGCAUCCCCUUACUCCUCUAUCGAUCGCUCUUCCAGGAUAGAGGGCUCGCCGCGCUUGUCCCAGAUGGCUCGUACGAACGAUGCUUCUCUGGGUGAAAGAUUCAAAUUGCAGGAAGCUCCAAAAUCCAAGAAGCAUGCUGCGUCCGCUUCCAAUUCUCGGUCAAGAGCCUCUAUUCCGCAGGCGGAAACACCUGGCGAUUUGCUGGAUCAAUCCACGGCAGCGAAGACGCCUGGUUCCGACGUAGACUCGCCGUCAGAUCGAGGCUUUUCCACCCCCCAGCUCUCAAGAGAGUCGAGUCCUCACAGCGGAACCGGUAGCUCGCCCCGACCAGCUCAAUUGCCGACAGCAUCUCUACUGCAGAGUUUACCUAAGCGUGGCGAUUCUCUGGAGAGCACAAAGCGAGGGCAGACAAUCCCACGGAAAGAUAUCAGCUCUUCAGCAAACAUUCCUUCCAGCCUCAGCAGCGCCGUUAACGGCCACGCCACCGCGGCCUUCUCACCCGGGGUUUCUACCGAUCUUGCGAGAGCAAACGGCGGCAAAAUCAUAUCUGGCCCCAUUGGUUCGCCCAGCUCCAGGAGCAUCUUUGAUACCGCCGAUGACUCUAUGAAUCAGACAGACCUCCCAAGUGCAGGAAAGGGAGCCAAUGAAUCCUUCGUCGACCCCCGUGUGCCACCUCUACCUCCUGCGGACCAUUCAAGAUCGAGGAAUGAAUCAUCCAGUACGCUGCAGUCCGAACAUCAGCGAUAUCUGGACGGCCAGAAAGCGUUAGGGCUUCCGAGGUAUUCUACAGGUGGUGAAUUCACUAUGGAUGAGGAUAUGGCUCGAAUAAUGGGCGCGGACGAGACAAAUGCGCAUGAGUCUUUUCUCAGACGAGUCUCAAACUCCGUUCGUCACGGCCGCAGCUAUAGUGACAAGACUGGCAGACUCUCACGGGACCGGUGGCCUCGAUCACCGGCCGUGCCGACCAUGUCGAUCGGCCAAGAAAUCAGCAGCCCAAGCAGUGUAUCGCCGGAAAACCGGGACGAGCUUGCGUGGUUCAAGAAUGAGCUGCGGCGCGAGCGGCAGAAGACGAUAGAGAGGGAAAAGCGGAUUGCCGAGCUAGAGUCACAGCUAGACUCGGCCGCAGACAUCAAGCAGGUCAAUUCAGAAUUGAAGGAGAAGAGGUCGACCAUAGUAGUGCUGGAUACCCAGAAAGAGAUUGUGGUCCGCGAAUUGGAGGUGCUAACUGAACAUUUGGCUGUCGCGAAACGCAGCGGCGAGCCAUUUGAUGUCUCCAAGAUGAGGAGUACAGUACUGCGCGAGUUCGCCGAGUCACUGGAAAAGUUAAAGAACUCGUUCGCGCCUCAGAUCGAAGAGUCCAUACAGAGACGAAACGACCUGGUGGACGAAAUCGCGAACCUGACUCAGAUGAAGGACAAGAGUUUCAUGGAAUUUGAGCAGCUCUCGUCGAAGAACGCCCAGCUCGCAGAGCUGAACAAUCAACUGGUUCAUCAGAUUCAAGGUUUGUACAAGGCCAACUCAGGCGUCCAGGCGGAAACUCCCAAGGCUGCCAUCAAUGGGCUGGGAAUCUAUUCUCAUCACAAGGAGAAAUCGAAUCUGUCCAUCGAUUCACGAGAAGUGCGCAACUUGUCAACCGAUCUGAGCAACAUCGAAUCGGCAAGCACGCUUCAGGCAAGCGAGGCAGAGCCGGUUACUGUGCUCCAAGGUCCCCAGAUGGUGAAUAUCCGAAAGGGACAACCCAAGAAGUUUGACUGGAGAAGAGGCCAGAAGGUUGCCAAGGGGGUCACGAAAGGCUUGAAGGGCGCCUUUUCCUCUACGCAGCAGACGUACAGCCGAGAUCUCCAGUUUGCCGAAACAGGAGCAUACGGGGCUCCUGUAGGUCAGGAGUAUUCGUCCAUGUCUAAGUCGAAUCCAGAGCCUGUGAAGCAAGGCGGCGGAUUUGGGUUUUUUGGUGGCAACCAGAAAGCAGCGAUCAAACCCAAUGGUCUGUACGCGCAGCAGGCUAACGCGAGUACACCCUCGCUUCUGGUUGACGCAGCUACACAACUGUAUGGCUCGGAUCUUGAGCAACGGGCCGACUUUGAGAAAACAUCGGUUCCUUCAAUCGUCCGGCGCUGCGUCGAAGAAGUAGAAGCACGAGGCAUGGACGUAGAAGGUAUUUACCGAAAAUCAGGCGGCAAUUCACAAGUCCUGCAAGUCAAGGAGUGGUUUGAAAAUCCUACCAAAGACUUUGAUAUCUCGGACCCCGACCUCGAUAUACACGCUGUCACUUCGGGAUUGAAGCAGUAUUUCAGACGGCUACCGGUGCCACUCAUCACCUACGAUGUCUACGACAAGCUUCUCGACACGACUGUCAUCACGGAGAAGGAAAGUAGGAUUGAUGCUAUGGAACGCGCCUUGGAGGAUCUGCCUCGAGUCCACUAUGAGACCCUGAGUUAUCUCAUGCAGCAUUUGGCACGCGUCGUCGAGCAGGAGAAAGUCAACCUAAUGACCAGUAUGAAUAUCGCUGUCGUCUUUGCACCCACCAUCAUGAGGUCUGAGAACAUCAGCCGUGAGCUGAGCGAUACGAAGCCGAAGAAUGAGGCCGUGAUGUGGAUGGUGGAGAACUGUGAAAGAUUAUUCGGGGCCUAA